UUUGGAGGAUUUCACUAUAACAGAGCUUAUAUUAGCAGCAAUGGAUUAGUCAGCUUUGGUAGAGCCUAUAAUUCCUUCUCUCCAAGGAACUUCCCCCUUCAAAAUAGUUUAGCUGUUGUGGCUCCAUAUUGGGAUGACAGUCGUUUGUCAGGAUCGAGACAGUUACGCUAUCAAAUUGUAUCUGGAUCAUCAUCUCUCAUCACUGAAGUCAAUGCCUUCCUAUCCAAUUACACUGGUGAUACAUUUGAAGCUGAUUGGCUGCUGUGGGCUUACUGGCAUGAUAUAUGUCCUUAUAAUAGAGGAAACUGUCAAGACUCAAACUUCUUUCAAGUGGCUAUAGCAGUCCAAGGAAGUAUAACGUAUUCAAUAUUUACAUAUCAGUGUGGUCUUAUCAGAUGGACUCUUAGAACUGCUGCUGUUGGUUACAGUGCAAAUAGUACCUUCAAUGAAAACCAUAAACUGUCAAAAAGUAGUAGUGUAGUUAAUAUUGACUGUGAAGGAGCUGUAUCUAAUUGGACUAAUGUUGUUUACAGAAUUGAUACUGCAACUAAUACUCCACCAGUCAUAGAAGCUAGUGAUACUUUUAUGAUAACAGUAGGAGAGACAGCAUUAUACACACUAUGUAUCACAGACCCUGGAGAUACUAUCAGUGUUACUAUUGAAUUCAAUGGAGAGUUUCCAUUUCCAUACACACUUGAUCAAAAUGAAUCAAUAUGGACACUUAAUGUAACACUGUCUUCUUUAGUGGAGUUCAAUUUUACUGUAAUAGCUACUGACUCAUUCAAUGAAACAUCAAUUAUAACUCCACAAGUGAUAAUUUGUAGCUGUACAAGUGAUAAAGGUAAUUGUACUAUUGAUGAAUAUGAGAACGAUACCAGCAAUCCAUUGAUACUGAUGUGUGAUUGUAUGGAAGCAUUUGACGGAGAAUAUUGUGAGGAUGAUUUUAAUGGCUGUACUGAAAUAUCAUGCUUCAAUAAUGCUACAUGUACUGAUGUACCAGCACCUGGAACUGGUGCCACUUGCCCACCUUGUCCUAGUGGAUACACUGGAGAUGGAAUUGUUUGUUAUAUUCCUCCAGUUUUUCUUCCCUACAUUGUGUUCAACAGCAGUAUAUCAACAGUUACUAAUAUAACCAGACAUUACUUUUACUCUACAUGGAGAGUCAAUGUUCCAAGACCUAUUACUUUAUUAGGCUCUGCUUUUUCAUCAAUUUAUAUUUCCAUUGGGGGCACUUUCUCUAUGAGUGGUCGUUUUAACUAUUUGUAUCCAACCUUGUUUCCAAGUAGUAUACGUGGUAUAAGAGAUUCAGUUGUGUUUGCUCCUAUGUGGAACUUUUAUGACAUCAGGAGGGAAGGCAUGU